AUGAGGCUGGUCUUAAUACUUCUCUCUGCGGCAUUCCUCGCUCUCUCGUCGGCUGCUACAACACAGCGACCGGUCGAUGAAAAGGAUAUAUUAUCAUCGAUCAAGCAACCAUUACCAGAGGUUAUCAACGAUAAAGAUUUCGAAAAAGAAGUCGAUGAAGCUUUAAAAGAAGAAUUUGGCAGUGAUGUCGAGGUACCCGUGGAUAUCAACGAUGAAGAUAUUGAAAAAAUAGUCGAUGAAGCUUUCAAAGAUAUCGAAGAAGACGAAACCGAUGAAGAGGAGCAACAGGAAGAAGUCGAUGAGAAUGAAGUCGACGAUGAAAGCGAGACCGACGAUGAUGAAGAGUGA